AUGAAAUCAGCUGCAGUGGUACUAAGCGUUCUUGGGCUGGCCGUUCUCGGCUCUGCUGCUCCCCUGGAGUCGAACCCGUGGGCGUUGAUUCCGGAUGGACAGGGAAGGUUGCAUCUAGUCAACCUUGCGCCUUACGAUGUCCCGAAGGGAGACAAUGAAGUGGAACCGCUGUUCGAUCCCGAGACGGAUGUGGUCUUCCGUCUGUUUACCCGCCGCAACCCGGUCCAUCCGCAGGUGAUCCAGUGGAACAGCCAGGCGUCCGUGUCCAACAGCAACUUUAACCCGGCCCACCCGACGCGUUUCCUCAUCCAUGGAUUCCUGGAGGGUGAGGACGCCAGUCUGCACUGGAGCAUUAAGGAUCACUACAUCCGUAUCGGCGAGUUUAACAUCGUGAACGUAGACUGGGGUGCGGGAUCACAGACGAUCAACUACAUUGCUGCUCGCAAUCGCGUCGGUGCCGUCGGUGAGAUCAUCUCGCGCAUGAUCAACACCAUCGUGGCUGCCAGUGGAGCCUCCCGUGACAACAUCAACCUGAUCGGUCAUAGUCUGGGAGCGCACGUGGCUUCGAACGCGGGCAAGAACCAGAAUGGACAGCUCAACACCAUCGUCGGUUUGGACCCGGCCGGUCCGUUGUUCUCCUCCGGCCAAGCCGACAUUUUCGGUGCCGAUGACGCACACUACACGGAAGCGAUCUACACUAACGCCGGUCUGCUCGGAUUCGACCAGCCGCUUGCUCACGCCAACUUCUACCCCAACGGUGGCCGUUCGCAACCAGGCUGCAUCCUGGACAUCGCCGGUAUCUGCGCGCAUAACCGCGUGAACGACUUCUUUGCCGAAACCGUGUCGACGUCCGUUGGCUUCCGGUCGGUUCGCUGCGAAAACCACGCUGAGAUCCUUGCCGGACGCUGCACUCCUAGUGGUCCGGAUGCGAACAUGGGAGGUGAGCCGUCGAACCGUGGCCGUGGCGUUUCGGGUGUGUACCAUCUGUCCACGAACUCCAACUCGCCCUUCGCGCAGGGCUAG